CACAAAACUCCACCUAGUUAUCAACUUCUCCUUUUCAUAAACCUUUUCAAAACCAUAUCCACCAUGACAAGCCCUCCAAUAAGUUUUGUUUUAGCAAUAGCACUUUUGGUGCUAUUAUUCUCAAAACCUUCUCUCACAGUGUUUGUAAGUAUUGAUUGUGGAUCCUCAGAAUCUUCCAUUGAUAAAAACAAUAUAAGAUGGAUUGGAGAUGAUGACUACAUUCAACAUGGAGAAUCUCAUCAGGUCUAUUUGGGUUCUAACCCAUUGAGCACUCUGAGGGUGUUCACAAAUAGAAAGAAGAAUUGCUAUUCCAUCAGAGUUGGAAAAGGAGAAAAAAUUCUUACCAGAGCAAGCUUUUACUAUGGCAAUUACGACGACAAAUUCUCUCCACCCGUGUUUGAUCUUCAGUUUGAUGGUAACUACUGGGCUACAGUCAAUACCUCAAGUUAUUAUUAUGUUGAUUAUGAAGCAAUAUAUGUAACAAAGGGAAACUUCACCAGCAUAUGUGUUGCUCAAACAAGGCCUAACCAGUUUCCCUUCAUAUCAUCCCUUGAAGUGCGCAGCUUGGACCCCAAAAUGUAUAGUCAUGUUGAUUCCAAUCAUGCAUUGAUUUUGAAAUGGAGAUAUGCUUCUGGUGGAAAUCAGACUAUAAGGUACCCAGAUGAUGUUUUUGAUCGAAUAUGGACGCCAGCUGAUGGCAUAGGGCUUUCUGAAGUCAAGAGUGAGGCAUCUGGCAUUGACAUUAGUACAGCAGAAGAUCAUCCACCAGAAGCUGCACUUGAAAAUUCUAUUGUUUCCUCAAGCACUAGACAAUACAUGCAGUUCAUCAAUAGGCUUCCUACAAAGGAACUUCCUAUUUACAUCACUGCUUACUUCUCAGAAGUGAUGAAAAGUGCAGUUGGCAAAAGAUCCAUUCAGAUGUACAUAGACAACAAGCCCUUUUUAAGUCCAAUAGUUCCUCCUUUUGGAAGCGUGAAAGAAGUGUACAUCACCAACAUGACAGCUUCAGCAGAGACUUCGUUUGUUUUGCAGGCUUCAGAAACUUCCACCCUUCCUCCUAUAAUCAAUGCUGUUGAAGUUUAUACACUAAGUGACACAUUAACUGCAGGAACUGAUAGCAGAGAUGUGGAAGGUUUGUUACAACUGCAGUUGGCAUUUGAAGUGCUUGUGGAGUGGAGUGGAGACCCUUGUCUACCAUAUCCGUACAACUGGGAUUGGAUACAAUGCACCACUGAUGUCAAACCUCGAGUAAUUGCAUUGUAUCUUAGUGGUUAUGAACUGCGAGGCACACUUCCGGAUUUCAGUUCCAUGAAUGCACUCGAAACCAUUGAUUUUCACAACAAUACCAUGGAAGGCCCCAUUCUUGAUUUCCUUGGUCUCCUGCCUAACCUCAAGACACUGAAUUUGUCUUACAAUAGGUUCAAUGGUACCAUACCCGCAUCUCUACAAAAUAAAAACAUUGAGCUUGAUACAACAAACAAUUGCCUCUCGGGAAUGAAGUGUCAGCCUCUCAGUGACUUCCUAAUUCCACCACCACCACCACCUCAACCUUUUUCAGGUGAUGAACAAAAUAUUCCGUCACCACCAUCAGAACUUCAUGCUGGGGAUGAACCUUUGGGAGCUGGAAGUCUGAAGAUUAAUGAUCUGAACAUACCAUUCAUAGUAGCUAUGCAAACUUUGCUACCACUGCUCUUCAUUAAAUUUCUAUGAAUGCGAAAGUUUUGUUUAAUAUUUAUUUUAAUCUUCAUGAAAUGAUCAUACAAGCCUUAUACUGUGUGUGUCUUCUAAUGUUUGUUUCCAACUAAUUUCUUUUAAUUUGUAUAUUAGCAUGUGUAUUUGAAUGACUAUAUGUAAUGCUACAAGUGAUCAGUGUGCCGAAAGUUAUGAUCAUAUUGAAUAACGA